AUGGCGACCGCCUUCGCCCGCGCUCUCCCGUGUCCCAUGGCGCCUGGCCCCCCCCGGAUCUCAGCCGCCGCCCCAGCCCAUGUCGGCCAGCUGGCAGCGACCGGCCCCGCUGCAGUGGCGGCAGCGACCGCCGCAGCCUGGCACGCGCCCGCCGGCGGCUGGCCGGCUGCUGCCCUUGCUGGGGCCGCCGCCGCCGCGGCCAUGCGGGAACGCAGGUCCGCCCGGAGCCGGCCCCCCGCCGCCCGCCGAGCCGUCGGCGCCCUGGCGGCUGCCGCUGGCCAGGAUGACGCCUGGCAUGGCCUCGCUGACUGGAUCGCGGCCAGGGGCGGCAAGGCUACUGCGGUGGGCAUGGCCACAGUCGGCGGUAUUCGCGGCAUGGUGGCCGUGGCGGACGUCGAGGAGGGCGAGUCCAUCAUCGAGGUUCCGCUGGGCGCAACGAUUGAGCUCUCGGGCCCCUCGGCAGAUCCUCGGGAUCCGGGCAUCCCGGCGAUGGCAUUGCUGCGCAGACACCGCGAGGGUGGAGGCGACGCGGCGCUGUACCACGCCCUGGUCCCCUCGCCGGGGGCCCCAGACCUGGCCACCAUGCCAGACUUCUUCACCGACGAGGAGCUGGAGAUGACCCAGUGUCCGCCGGUCAUCUUGAAGACGCGGGCGCGGCAGCAGCUCUGCGCCAGCAAGGCUGCGGAGGCGGGCGAGGCAGUGGAGGACGUGCAGUGGGCGCUGUGCACUGUGGCGCAGCGGUCGUUCACGGUGCUCAACCCCAUCAGUGGCCUGACGCGUCUUCUGUUACCCGGUAUCGACCUUUUCAACCACGACGCCGAUUCGCCGCACAAGUUCCGAGUGAAGUGGCAAUUGGCCGACGGUUUCGAUGGGACAUUCAAGAUCGUGGCCGGCGCCGCCAUCAAGAAGGGUGACGAGAUCCGCAUUUGCUACGGUGGCAGCCCUUACAAAGCCGAUGGCUGUGGUGGAGAUUGCGUGGGCGACUUUGCCCUCACCAACGAGGCGUUCUUGCAGCGGUACGGUUUCGUGGACAAGUCCAUAGGCACCACCAUGGUCGAUGGCAAGUGGCUCGUGUCCGAGGAUGCUGCGGCCGUGAGGGAGGCAUUGGCCCAGACUACCGUCGAGGCCGAUGAGGCUCUGGCUCAGGAGGGCGUUUCGGUCGCUGCGCGGACCGCGCUAGAGUUCCGCGCGCACCUGAAGAGGGCGUUGGCCGCCCAACGGGCGGCAGAUGCGGCCCAGAGAGACCCCCGGGCGGUAGCGAAGACGCCUGCGGGGAUUGCGAUUGCGUGA